UGAUCACCAUGUACAACACAGAUCUUGAUUCUUGAUUCUUGAACCUCCCCUGCAAAAUCUGAGCAACCUGGGACCUGUUUGGCCCUUGGGUGGGGCUGGAGCAAGCCUGGGAAUGGAUGAUAUGUCAGUAGCUGUGAAGCCUGGAAGAUUACAAGGGCAGGGAGCCAGAUUAAUCUUUGGGUUUUUUUUUGUUUUGGAAGAUUGUAUCACAAGUGCUUCCUGCUUUGGGUACAAUUGUUGCUAAUAGUGAAAGCUUACCUUUGCAGAAUGUUUUCAACUUUUAUCAAAGUGCUUUCACAGACAUGUAAUCUUUCCUUGGAAAUAAACCUGAGAGGGGUGAACUGGGUAUAAUUACCCCAUUUGGCAGAUGAGAAAAUGAGGCUCACAGAUACUGAGUAACCUUAAGGUAACUUGUUACUGGUUCUUGCUUUUUUCACUAUACCAUGCUGCCAGUGCUUGAGUCCAUAUUUAUUUUCAAAUUUAGAAAGCAAAUAGUCUUUUCCAGCAGCUGCUGCUCCCUUUAGGGACUGCUAACACUUUGCCGCUUAUCUUUUUUACCUCCCAUGGCACAAACAUAACUUUCAUGCAGUAUUAAAAGCACAAAAGAAGCAAAAACAAAUUACUCCAUCAUGACUUAACAGGUGAAAUCUCUCUCCUCUGUUAUAUUCUAUUAGUAAUUUGUGGGAGUGAUAACUCAUUUCUCCAGUCCGCACUCCCUUGUUUAAACCUCAGUGAACCUCACUGCCGCAGCCGGGUCGGUGUCUUGUAGUAAGCCAAAUGCAAGUCCAGGCAGAGUCCAGAGUGAGAACAGGUUAAACAAGAGCGGCCAGCAUUGUCGACUUAGGAUUUGUUGGUGUUAACUGGGAAUGGCUGGUUUUCAAACUUUCAUUUUACCUGGAGAGCCUCUGCUGUUUUUGAGAAGCUCGCUCCUCAUGGCUCCUGCGCUUACAUGGUCCUUGUUACGCUUCCUCUCCAUUUCUUUCCAGAAAGUGUCUUUCUGGCGUUCUUCCUACAGGGUGCCGAGUAUGUAUGGUCAUGGUUUUCAUGUCUCUCAGUUUUGCACAUACAUCUUUAUUUUAAAGUAGAAUCGAAAUAUGAAGAUAAAAAGCAUUAUGUAAAGACGUAGGGUAAUUACUCUGGGUGAACAUCCGAGUGAGUGGAACAGACAGAAUUGGGCAGGCAGUGAGGAAAUCUGCAUUCUAAUCCGGACGUUGUCCCACUACUUAAUUGUGGACUUUUCACAAAUCUUUUAAUCUUUUGGACACCCAGUUACUUUAUCUGUGGGCAGAGUUGCAUUAAAUGAUUUCUAGAGUCUCUUUUAGUUCCAGACCUUAUUCAAGACCCCAAACUGAACAUACAAGUUUCUACUAAAUAAAGGUAGAUGUCUGGCACCCCUCCCGGUGGUGGAGAGGAUGAUCUAAUUAGCUUACAUUGAUAAUUUUGUUAUUAUUGGGAAUUGAAUGAAAAGAGAUAAAGGUGACUGAACUUUCUUGCAAUUAUAACAAUCAUCUGAAACACUGUUAUUAGCUAAUAACCUUUUAAGCUUAGUUCCUAAUCUUGCUCACCAUAAUGUGUCCAACACCUAAUACACUGCAUGAUCAGCAUGUUGUGUUUUGAGAAUACUCUCGUAAAAGAUUGAUGGGCUUCUUGACCUAUUUACUUCAUUAGAGCAGAUUAACCAUGUCUCCUAACAGCCUUAAAAUUAAGGACAUGUAGGAACAAGUGAUACAGUGUUAGCUGGAAAGAAAUUUUAGAGGUGACAUUUGACAAUAGAUACAGGGCUGGUAUCUUUUCUUACCCUUCAACCCAGUGGGCGGUGUUUCUGGGUUACAAAUUUCGUAAAUGGAGUUUUAACUAUUUAUAUUUAAUUCCAAGAAGAGGGAGAAGAGGCCAUAGUUUGUAUUUAAUGAGAUAGACUUAUAGAAAUUAAAGCAGAGAGUAAAGUGACAUGGAUAUUUUGUAUAUUCAAGUCAAUCUUAGAUGUUUUUAUAACAUUUUAUUGUGUCAUAGAUUACUCUGAAAGACAGAUGACAGCUAUGCUAUGGCUUUUCUUCCAGAGAAAUAAAUGUAACGCUCCCAAUUUUGCAUGCAGUUUGAGGGUGUGUGGGCUCCCCUCAGUUGGUGCAGGCCUGCCUUGUUCCUCACUGGCUGUCCCAAGUGCAGGUGCUUCAUAGAAAAAGACCCUGGGAUGUUAAACCUUAAAAGCCUUUAGAAAUAAUCUAGGUCAUUGUUACUUAGACUGUGCUGUGUCAUGAAAUCAGUGGAAGGAACCAACAAGACCAACAUUAAAAAGAAAAUGAAGUAGAAAAUUUCCGAGUGUAUCAUAGCAUGUUAGGAGUUAAUUUUGUGAGCGGUCCUUCCAUUUGUGUGUGUGUAUUUGUGUGUGCACGUGCCACACACACCUUAGUACCAGGUCCAAAUAGAAAAUGCAUGUCUUGAAGGUAAAGUCAGAGAAACACUCAUCUAUUCUUGAUGAACCUCUUUGUUUUGUAGCUGAGGAAAUUGAGGCGCUUACAGGCUAAAUGAUUUUUUCAGGACCUCCACCCCCCAACACACACAUACUUUAAGUUUCAGUGGCUGAGCCAGGGCUGAAGCAGUUACUUGAUUGUUAAUUUUGCUGUGCCACAGCACUAAUUGUUUAAAAGAAAAUUGUGAAGUAGAUUAUUUUAAAAUAUUAAAUAGCAUCUGUUUCACACUUGGCAUUUUUUAACCCUUUUAUUUCCCACUAAAAUCAUCUUGGUGGUUGUCCUGGAAAAUAAUCUAGGCUUCAGCUUCUUCUCCAGAGAAUUGAAAAAUGUUUGGGGGCCUCUCAGCUGGCUGUUUACACACCUGAAUUUUGACAUUUAGGGCCUAAUCGGAAGAAUUUCAGAACAAGACAAUGAAGGUGGUUAGGUUUCACGUACAAACCAAAUUAAAUUAUUUUGAAUUAUUUCUUCAUUCACUUGAUAAUUGAAUGCAAAAUGUGAUGCCAGAGGUUGAUACAGGAUAAUUGGGUAGACCCAGUGACAUUCCUUAGUUAUCUAUAAAAGGUUUUCUCAAACGUGAGUGUCCUACAGUUUACCUGGAGGGUCUUGUUAAAAUGCAGAUUCUCAUCUAGAACCUGGCAGAGACCUGGGUUCUAACCGGCUCACAGGCCGUGCUCCAGCUGCUGUUCCUUGAGCUGUACUUUCAGUAGCAAGGACCUUGGUACGUUUCCCAUUGCCUCGAUUUUAUUAACAUUUUCAUGCUUUUCAAAUUGGCUACAAGACUGUAAAUGUCGUUCUUAUUUUUUAAUUGGGUUACUUUUUGUAGUCAAGACCGUAUCUCUGUCAACAACCGAGCUCAUCAGUCCCCACAUCCUGAGUAAUCAUGUCCCUCCUCAUAGCACCUUUCCCGGGCUUUCGCAUUCAGCACUAAUUCAUGUAACUGGCAGAUCUGAGCCUUUCCACAGAACUUAACUUUCUGCUUUCAGAAAGAGCAUUUUCUAAAAUAGGUAAUUUCCUUUCUUAACGGGCUACCUGCACAUUUUUCUUUAUUUUACUGGAGUCAAGUAACACUGGUGGCACUUGUCGGAGGCUUUCUUAGUAAAGAGUGUUGAACUGUAUGCAAAAUGAAUAAAAAUCACAGAGCCUUCUAAGUUCAUGUCUGCCUUUUAUGCUGUUUCUAUUUUGUCUGUCCAGCUGCCAGUUUCAGUGUGUCAGUCUCAAAGCAGCUCAUUUCCCUUUCCAUUCUAAUCGAUGACUGUCUGACCUGUCAGAAGGCCCUCCCUGUCAUUGUGGCUUUCCUAGGUGGGUAGUGGUCACAAAGUUUUAGUAGCAGUUAAGUAAGAGAGAAAGCCUUUGAUUUUUAAAAAUCAUAUCCUGAAUUCUUAGCUCAAAUAGGAACUCACUUGUUUCUGUUUCGUGGUUUUAAAAGCUAGUUUCUAGAUCUCUCUCUCAUUGAGUAUUAAAAUGUUUGAAGGAGACUUGGAAGUGUGUAUUUGUGUGGUAGGUAGCCCUGUGAUUGGAAACAUAAUUGUAAUAAAUAAGCAGCUUUGUAGGGUCCGUGUAAGAUGGGGAUGAAUAACCUGCUAAAAAACCUCAGCCCUUUUACAUAGCAGUGGCUUCGCAGACAGUUUUAAGAGUAACAAUGACAAUAAAGAGGGUAUUCCCUGGAUCAAUUAAUGAUUUAGGGUCCCAGGGAUCUAAGGUCUGAUUUCUGGUGUGUUAUCUUUGGUAGGUCAUCAGUUACAAUAGCUGUUGAAACUCCCGCGUGUUGAGCCCUCACUCUGUCCUGAACGCCUUAUUCAGAUGAAUGUGCAACCAGCAGGGCUGUGCUUGUGAAGGGUACAUUCAGUUGUGGGGUAGAAACGGCUGUUGCAUUGGGGACAAAUAGAUAGGGGUGAGAUUAAAUCUCAUUAGUCCCUCUUUAGGAAAGAAUAAGCAUGUGUGGAACCUACAGCAGGUGUUUUUGUUUUUUCUUAGCCAUUCUUGCCUAUAAAAAGCACAUAGUAGUUUAUAGUCUCUUGAAUCAAAGCAGAGAGAACCUGUUUGCAUUUUAACUAGGCACCAUCAGAACAUUUAUCAUGUUGAAUUAGCCAUGUUACAGUUUGUUCUGUUAGAAGUUGUGGAUUAUAUUAUUUAAAAUCAUGACAAGGCUAAAUGUAGCCAUAAUAUUUCAGUUGCACUUUGAAACCCUGAAAAGGGGCCCAUCUGACAUAUUUUUAGUGAAUUACAACCUUUUUCCCCCUUUAUUUUCAUUUUAUUUUAUUUAUUUUACUUUACUUUUUCCCAUUGCCAUUUGUCCCCCCUGUACUCUCUUCCACCUCCCCUCACCGCCCUCUGCAGUCACCACACUGAAUUACCCCCUUUAAACACUGAUCACUGGGUUUGGAUUCAUCUCACUUCAAGCUUAUUUUUACAUCUAGAAUUCGUCUGUGUUUCAGUGCAGUUAAGCCUACUGGUAUAAUCUUAGUCUAAUUAACAGUAUGUCGUGAUCUGGGACUCCUGUCAAAAAUCAUUACGGGAGCUAGGAAACACCGGGAGGUAAAGUGAAUACAUGACCUCAUCUCUUAGUUUGCACUAGAUUAUAACUUACAUUCAAAGAGGCUGGAAAAAGAAAAAGAACAGUUUUUCCAUUAAGCUGUGAUAAAUGUGUUUAGUAUGGUUUUGCUGUUAAUAAUUCCUCCUAGCUGGUAGGGUGGAGGAUUUUGUUUGAAGUAUUUGAAAGUAAAUGCUGCCGGGAUAAAGAUUUUACCGGUGAUAGAGAGUAGACAUCGGUCCCUACCCUUUGUUAACUGAGCCUGCUUGUGUAACUGGGGAAAUAAAAGUGUACUGAAGGAAAUCUGUGAGCACAAAGUCUUCCUGUUCCCAAAUGUAUUUCAUAGGUUGUUUAUCUUAUUUAAAUAUACAGUAAUAUAGUACACGAGAAUGCAACUACUGUUUCUUUAAUAUCAGAACUGUGCACGUUACAAUAGGUGUCACUGUUUUGCUUGGUCCAAUCAUGAUUGGUGACUUCAGCUAUUGGCUCCGAGCACUGGCUGUCUGACUCCAUCUGCAGGGCUGUAAUACCUACUCUGCUCUGAGCCAUUCCCCACACAACUUCAGCCGGCUGAACAGACUCGCAGACUCGCGCCACUCCAGCACAUCUCGCUAACCUAAUUCAGAAAACAAGUGUUGCGGCUCUCUGCCUGUCGUCUUCGCUCACUGUAGCCUUUUCAGGUGAUCCAGGAAACUAGGCUGUUUUUAUGAGCAAAUAAGAGAAACAGGAAUCAUGCCGGGCAUGUAUUUAACAGACCCGGUACUGGAUAAAACUUAAAGCCAGUAACUAUUCAACAUAGUGAAAAGGUCACCUUGCCUGGCUGAGAAAAGAAGCAAAAUACCAGCUUGUUGGUUUCUGUUAACAUCUUAGCUCGUGCCGGCCUCUUUUCCUUGAUGUUCGUACCAUCCUGGGAUAUCUAGCUCUAAAGAGAGACAUACUGUACUCAUGGUAGAUGACAAGGAAAAGAACAUGAAAUGUCUCACCUUCUUCUUGAUGCUUCCAGAGACGGUAAAGAACAGGUCCAAGAAAAGCUCGAAGAAAACAAAUACCAGCAGUAGCAGCAGCAGCAGCAGCAGCAUCAGCAAGUUGCCUCCAGUUUGUUAUGAAAUAAUUACCUUGAAGACUAAAAAGAAGAAGAUGGCUGCUGAUAUAUUUCCCCGCAAAAAACCAGCAAACUCCAGCAGCACCACUGUCCAGCAGUACCACCAGCAGAACCUCAGCAACAACAACCUGAUUCCAGCCCCAAAUUGGCAGGGGCUCUAUCCUACCAUCAGAGAGAGAAAUGCGGUGAUGUUCAAUAAUGAUUUGAUGGCAGAUGUACAUUUUGUGGUUGGGCCACCAGGUGGGACUCAGCGGUUGCCAGGACACAAAUAUGUUUUAGCUGUUGGGAGCUCUGUGUUCCAUGCAAUGUUUUACGGAGAACUUGCUGAGGACAAAGAUGAAAUCCGUAUACCAGAUGUCGAACCUGCUGCUUUUCUCGCUAUGCUGAAAUACAUCUAUUGUGAUGAAAUUGACUUGGCUGCUGACACGGUGCUGGCUACUCUCUAUGCUGCCAAAAAAUACAUUGUCCCUCACCUCGCCAGAGCAUGCGUUAAUUUCCUGGAGACCAGCCUGAGUGCCAAGAACGCCUGUGUGCUCCUCUCCCAGAGCUGCUUGUUCGAGGAGCCAGACCUAACCCAGCGUUGCUGGGAGGUGAUCGAUGCCCAGGCCGAGUUAGCUCUUAAGUCUGAGGGAUUCUGCGACAUCGACUUCCAGACACUAGAAAGUAUCCUCCGCAGGGAAACUCUGAAUGCCAAAGAAAUUGUUGUUUUUGAGGCAGCCCUCAACUGGGCUGAAGUGGAAUGCCAGCGGCAAGAUCUAGCGCUGAGCAUCGAAAAUAAGCGCAAGGUCCUGGGAAAGGCACUUUACUUGAUCCGCAUACCCACCAUGGCCCUGGAUGAUUUUGCAAAUGGUGCUGCACAGUCUGGAGUCCUAACUCUCAACGAGACCAACGACAUCUUCCUCUGGUACACUGCGGCCAAAAAGCCCGAGCUGCAGUUUGUGAGUAAAGCCCGCAAGGGCCUUGUCCCCCAGCGCUGUCACCGUUUCCAGUCGUGUGCCUAUCGGAGCAACCAGUGGCGCUACCGGGGCCGCUGUGACAGCAUUCAGUUCGCAGUGGACAAGAGGGUGUUCAUCGCCGGCUUCGGGCUGUACGGCUCCAGCUGUGGCUCCGCGGAGUACAGCGCCAAGAUUGAGCUCAAGCGGCAGGGCGUUGUCCUGGGCCAGAACUUGAGCAAGUACUUCUCAGAUGGCUCCAGCAACACCUUCCCUGUGUGGUUUGAGUACCCGGUGCAGAUCGAGCCAGACACCUUCUACACAGCCAGCGUGAUACUGGAUGGCAACGAGCUCAGCUACUUCGGACAGGAAGGCAUGACAGAGGUUCAGUGUGGCAAAGUGACUGUCCAGUUUCAGUGCUCCUCAGACAGCACCAACGGCACUGGGGUGCAGGGAGGGCAGAUUCCAGAACUUAUAUUCUAUGCUUGAAAACACUUUGCGAAGCAGUGUGAGCUCUGAGGAGCACAUCUGGUUCCUACUUGCUUGAUGCUUAGCUCAUCUGCAGAUAUGUGAUCAGUGCAGGUAGUUUGUAAUGAAUGAAGCUGUAAGCAGUUUCUAAUUUCUUCCAACCUUUUAAUUAUGUACAGGCAAAAAUGCAGCAUUUGGCUUUUAACUAUACGCUUAAAAGAGCCAAGUUCUUAUUAGGGCUUUGUGGUUUUUAGAAUUGCAUUCAUCUAUACAGCUGGGGAGAAUGUGCUUUUUUCCCUACUGCCCCCUUGACCUCCCAGUUUUGUCCCUCUUAAGACAAAUUUUGAAUCACCUCAAAUUUCCUUCAGGGCUUUAUUUUGACAAAUAGAAGUACAUAGUCUAAAAUAAUAAUGACAAGAGUUAUUUUUAAACAGUACCCCCCAAAAAAGAAACAGAUAAACCUCAGUGUACAAUUUUGAAAGAAGUUUUGUUUUAUAAUAAGUAAUAAUUUAGAAAGUAGACAGUAGUCAUGUUUAGCUUUUAUUUCUUUUUAAAUAUUUUACUUCUGGGCAUGGCUUUUUCUUAAAUCCCACAUUCAUAAGAUUGUUCCAUAUUAACCACUGCAAAGCGUCAGUUUAAAGCGGGAAAAUAGGAAAUUGGAUGUUUGUUCGGCCAUGACUUCUGCCACAAGCAGACUUGUUCUGUUAGAUUAGAAAGAAUAUUGCAGUACAGAGACUUUUUUUUAGAAGUAACUAAAUUCUAAAGUUUUGUUGUCAUUAGGAAAAAGUUGCAGGCCUAUUAUUUUAAACUAAAACAGUUUAAAAAGGAAACUUAAAAAAGCCCCAUCCUACACGUGGAUUAACUGGUGGCUCAAUAAAAGGAACAGUUUGAAAAAGUCAUGCUUUCUGCCCCCUUAGCUCCUGACCCCCACCGCUGGCUUGUGCUCGUGCGUCACACUGUAGAGUCCCGUUCCCUUUUCAUGAAGAGAGGACCAAACGACGCUUCCGGUGAGCAGAGACAAUGCGUAGCUCUACAUGCUAGUACAGCGAGACACCUUUAUCCACUGGGUGUUUUUUUUUUUAAUGUGGAAUAUACUUUACCUGUUCUACUUUGACCACAUACUGUCUUCUGAGUUGAUUGUAGUCCUGUCUUGUUCCUGGACUGCUAGAAUCUGGCCUCUGGCCAUCUUCAAGUGCCAAUGUGUUCCUGCAGGGUUUAAAAAAAAAUAGUCUGGAGCGAUACACCUGAUCAUACCUAAUAGUCACUGCAUCAGCAUCACAUCCAGCUCUCAUUUUUCCAUGGAUAAUGUAAGCAAAGGCGGGAAAAGCUCAUCAAAACAAUUCUCCUUCAGUGAUGGCUUAUGAUGGUUUAGUGCCCCUGACCCUGGUAGUGUCCCAUGUGCUCACUUCCAGUUGAAGCUUCUCUGUGUUUCUGGGCAGCUUUUCUGCUCAGUGUGAUCCUGAGAUGGCUCGCUUGCCACCCAGAGUGUGGUCCCUGGCCGCCUCCUUCUCCUGCUCUGCAAGCCCGAGGCUGGCUUGUCUGGAGCAGGGGUUAGUCCUGGGGUGGGGUGUGUGCGUGGGCGCCCAUGUGCACGCAAGCUGUGUGCCGACUCAGGAAUGGUCUCCUCCCUGCCUGGCCAAUGAGAGGGGGGACAGAAAUGUUCCCUCCUCUGGCCCCAGCAAGGCCCGGUGAGUGGCUGCCCUUACCGUUUUCACUGUGUUUCUGGGCCACUUCUUCCCCUGUAGACAAGGGCUUGUUGCUUUUGGCCGGCUUCCCUGAUGGAGGAGAACACUGGAUUAUGGGAAAUGUUUUAAUCAUCUUUGCCAUUACCUAUGUGUGUUAGCAUAGAAUCUGGAUGAUCAAAAGCUGUUACUGGCGAUUAUAAAUGAGUACUCCAGGACAACUUUCUAAAAUGACCUAACAAUUAUUCUUAUUAGGGAAAUGGCACAUAGUAGUGUUGGCAAAGUAUCUAUGAAAUAAAGGUACAUUUUCAGUUUCAAAAAUACUUGUACAAAUGAGUUUGUUAUUAAAUUAUGAUUAAACAUUUCAAGAAUUCACAGCUACUGUGCAAAUUGGUAGACUAUAUACCUGAUUAGAAGGCACUCAUUUUUAAGCCAGAGGAGAAGGAACUUUAUUUAGCACUAAUUUCAUCAUAUCAGAUUGUGAGGUGGGUGUGGUAACCUUAGAGUGAAGAUUGUUCAUUCAGUAACACUCACUGUCCCUACCCGCUAGCCUGCUGCCCUCCCUGUGGCUAGGGACCUGCUGGGUGAACACCAGUGAGACCCUGUACACUGGGUGUAGAAGAAUUGCGUGUUAAUUCCUAUUACCUAAAGAAAAAGACACCUUUACUACCUGAUUGGCUGGUGCUGAGGGCUUGUGGGUUCUAUUUGGAAACUGUAUUUAAGAAUCAGAAAUUUUAUAUUUUAAACCCUAUUCUCCCUUCUGCAUUUUCAGCAGCGUGGAAUGAAGGCUAAUGUGCUUGCUUUAUUUUCUUCGGUAAUCUUAAAUUUUGUAGCUUUUAAAACUAGAAACUAUUGUUCUGACAAGGCAGGCAACUCUAGUGUAUAAACACAGCUUUAUAAAAUGCUCUGUAGAUGCUUUCCCCAAUGUACCUGGCAGUCUUGGUCGUCGUUCAUACUGGGGGUAACGGGGAACUAGGCUAGCAGUUCUGAUGUAACAUUCUUUAAGCAUAUCUUAAUAUAGUAUUUAAGUAAAUGGUCUCCUUUCUACAUAAUUAUUGCACUGAACUGUCUUUUUUGUUUUUUACGGUGUUGAAAUAAGCUCCACUAAUUCAAGCCACUUGUGCAUCAGAGUGCUUGAAUUUAGUAGCUUACAGCGUUAUUUAUGAAGGAAAAUAUAUAAAUAUGAAGUACCUCAUGUUGAAUGUUAUUGUACUGUAUUUUUAAUGUCACAGUGCAGACCUUGGUAGACACAUGAAUGUGUAUAAUCAUGUUAAAUGCAAAUAAAAAUAAAAACUGGUUCAUA